CCGCCCGUAACAAGAGUCCGGGAAGUGCUGACCAUCUCUCUCUCUCUCUCUCUCUCUCUCUCUCUCCCCAAGAACGAAGCUUGCGAUUCUGCGAUACAGGAACUCGUCUGAAUCGGAUUCAGGGGAUCAAUCCCUGAUUUCUCUUGCUUUCGAUGUUUUCCUUUGAGCCAAGACGCGAACUGAUAGGGAUUUCUUCCUCCGAUCAGGGAAGUUAGGGUUUCCUCGAUUUUUCCGGUUUGGUCCUGUGAUAUUACGAUGGAUUUUGGACGCUUGUGAUGAAGAUAAGCGGAUCUUCGCGUAGAAAGUUAAUGCAUGAACUCGCGCUUCGUGGUUUCCGAUACAAUUGUUGAUGGAAAGAGAAGCGGGGAAAAGUUUGUCGGUGAAGUCGAAGAAGGGCGACAAGGAAGAUGUGAAGACAAUCGAGUGGGAAGAUCUCGACCACGAGCUCACGCGGCUUUGGAGUCUUUCUUCUGCUCUGAAAGAAGCCCAGGAGAGGAAGCAAAGCAUGCAGCAGAAGCUCGAAUGUCUCAUUCAGGUCAAUGCUGAGUCGUUGAGCCGCACAAAUGAACUUGAAGAAAUGCGACAGAGGCUGGAAGCUAGAAAAUUGCUGGUGGCAAGGACAUCAAUUGGUUUCAAGGCUGCUGAACAGGAUGUUAAAAAUAAAGAGGAGAAUCUUGGUAUAGAAGUGAGAUCUUUGCUGGUUGGUGGCACAUCUCUUUCCGUUGCUAAAAGCAAAUUACAGGAGGCAAACAGCCAACUGGAAGGAGAAGGAGGCUAUGCUCGUUUGAAAGUUGUGACGAGUAAGCUGAGAAAGAGGCAACAGUACAUGAUAACACAAGUUUCAUCUAUCUAUCCAUUGAAGAUUGAGGCUGGACCUUCCCUAGACCAAGAACUCGAAUCAUUUCCUGGUGGCAGUAGAUUUGGAUCUAAACCAAUGAGUCAAGGAACCGUGACGAUUUUAGGAUUGCCUUUUAGUAUGGCUCCAUUUACAAAGAUGAGCUUAUUCACCGAAAAGAAGGAGGCACAGAGGUCUGCAACUGCCCUAGGAUAUGUUGCCCAUGCUGUAUCACUGACGGCUUCCUACAUGACAGUUCCACUACGUUACCCUUUGCGUCUGGGCGGUUCCAAAUCGUAUAUCCGGGACUAUGCACCGUACAUCGAGCCUUCGUCAUCGUCAGACAUGUCCCCGAUGGCCACACUUUCCCAGAACCAAAGAUUCGUAGAGUUCCCUCUGUUUCUGGAUGGUCAAGAUACGACCCGGGCUGCCUACGCUGUCUUCUUGUUGAACAAGGACAUAGAGCAGAUGCUGAAUUACGUGGGGGCGAGUGGUGUAGGGCCUCGGCAGGUGCUGUCUAACCUGAAGGAGCUAAUCCGCACCGUCCAAUCUCCAGAGUUCAUAGACACGUAAAUAGCCCCCCGGCCAGGCCAGGAGAUGAGAGAGGGUGUGUGAUUGGAUAUUGAUUUGGACGGGGUCUUGAGAUUUUUUUGAUUCCAUCCCAUAGAUGAAGAGGAAAAUGACGCUAACGCCAUGUGUAGCUUUUUUUUUUUGCGUGAGCUUGUAUCCUCUUUUAUGGUUAGUGGAUUAUAUGCAUUGACAUCUGGUAAUUUUGUGUCAUGGGUCCAGUUGGAAUGGGGAAUCAUGUGAGAGGCAGAUUUCAUGGGCCUUUCAGGUUCUUUUUUA